GGCGCUCUGCUCGUGCUGCUGUAGUUUUGGGGUACUUAGAAUCCCUUCUUGGUGCAAUCCUGGCGGAAGCAGAGAGGGGGUGGUGCUAUGCUGCUUUUGGAACACUUCCAGCGCGAGGUGCUUGCAUGUAUCGCUCUCGCAGCAGCGCUUGCCGCCCUCCUGCUCUGGUGGUUCCGCGGCAUGAGCGAGGGUAGAAGCAGCGGCGGCGCCGGCACGAGCGGCAGCAAGAAACCACUGGCGCACACUCCAGGCAUUCGAGCUGUAUGCAUGCAGGAUUCUUUCACGGAGGGCUCGAAUGGCGGCGGAUGGGGGUCAUCCUCUUCGUCAACAGGACAGGGGGACCGACGAGCCGCGGCAAGCAGCAAGUGGGAGCAGAGCAAGCAGAAGGGAGAUCUGGGUUACUACUUCGCUCACCACAUCACCAUGAAGGAGCUCGCCCCAGAAGAUUACCAAAUGAAUGGCCCGAAACUGCUCAGCAAAGGCGAUACCACCUCCGCACCCAACGGCGCAAGACCCAACGGAAGUUCGUCCGCGUCUUCCCCUCCGGUGACCACGCGGCGUCGCCGGCCUCAACAAAUUUCGUCCUACUCUUGGGAAGACUACGGCGAGGAAGUCCGGCUCACAUUUCGGCAAUCCGAGUGGGAGUGGGCCAAGGUGGACGUGGAAGAGAUAGAGAUAGAGUGGGGCUCUCGGCGGUUCCGAAUGUCCAUCGACAGCAGGGAGUACGGCCUUCACACGAUUGACCUCCAGAGGUUGAGCGGCGUUGUGGCAGGGGUUACGGCCCGGAAGCUCAAGACCAGGCUAGUCGUGGCCCUCGUGAAAGGGGGACGACGGGGAAGCUACAGCCACAGUCCGGCUUGGAGCAAGCUGCAAGCAGCUCUCGAAAAACCCAGUGAUUGAUGGCGCGGUGGGAUAUGAUGGUGGCGGUUGUUGGUGUCAGUGCACUGAACUGCAGUGUGUCGUGCUGAUUUUCAGCUGGUACUACGAAAGGCUUGAUGGGUCUCACGUUGUCCGUACGGUGUGAUUUGGGUGGGGCCCUGAUAUUGAAUGUAUUGCAGUCUCCCGUGCGUGUGCCGCGGUGUCGCGGGUCAGACAACGUCGAAAUUUUUUUUAAACAUGUGCAGUCAUUCGG